AUGGAGCGGGGAGAGGCCCGGGACCCCCGCGGGCUCUGGGGGCACCCCCGGGCAGGGACCCCCGUCCUUGGGGUGAGCCCGGAGCGCUCCUGCCUCGGGAUUGAUGGGAUAGGGCCCCGCGCCCCGGGAUCGCAGCCCGGAGCGUUCCCGGAGCAUUCCCGGUGCCCGGUGCUGAUCCUGCAGCCGCUGCCCGGGCCCGGCGCCGCCCCCGCGGGACCCCCGCCCGCCCGGCCAGGUUUGAUGGAGCUGAUGAUGAUCCAAGGCUCCCAAAUGCACCAGCUGCUGAUGCACGGCCUGGCCAUGGCAGCUCUGAUGCCCCUCGGGGCAGGGACAGCCCCAGCCCAGGCGCUGGCAGGGCCUUGGCAGGAUGAGGAUGAGGAGGAAGAGGAGGCUGUGGUUUUCCACCAUCACUACCUGCCCUGGACCCCUCCCCGCCCGCCCCCCGUGCUGUUCCUGCCGCCUCCAGGGACACCAUCCAUGGUCACUGAGCUGUCGCUGCUCCUCUCUGGCAGAGCUGUGCCCCCCCCGCCGCCCCCCAGCGCCACCGGCACCGUGGGACCCGGUGUGCCCCCAGCAGAGGAGUUUUACACCAUGGAGCAGCAGAGGGGGCUCUGAGCUCUGCCUCCCUGGACCCCAAAGAUCCCAGAUGGAUGCUCCACCAUUCCUGUGCUUUUGGGGUUUUGGCUUUUGGGAUGGUUUCCCCUCUGAGCCUCCCGGCAGGGCUGUCCCAGCCCCGGUGUCACCCCAGUCCCCUCCAGGCCGUGCUGUCCCCGGGGGUGGGACAGAGGACGGUCCCCACCUCCAUUUGUCCCUCCAGCUCCCAGCACAGCAUCCCCUGUCAUUAUUGUGCUUUGUUAA